AUGGCUUCUGUUUUGCAAUGCCCGCGCACGUUGGCGGUGCAUUUCCCGUCGGAGAUCUACCGCUCCACUGGUUCUUCCCAAGUUCUGCCGGAGUUGGCCAAGUCUUUAGACCUACCCAAUGUCCGUGGUAUACAGUUUAUGCCCAAUGGUGUUGUCCGGGUGACGUACAAGGAACCCGCCCAGUGCGAUGCUGCCCUCGCGAGUGGUAUCCGUUUUCGUGGUGCUCCGCUCCGCAUCACUCCUGUCGACUCCCGUACUCGGUUGGUCUAUGUGCGGGACCUGCCUGUCGAGGUCCCCGAUGACGGUCUAAAAGUUUUCUUGCGGGCUUUUGGGGUGGUCCACUCGUGUGCGAUGCAGACCUACCCUCGUAUGCCCGAUGUCUCCACUGGUACGCGUGUGGUUAAAGUUACCCUGACCAAGGACCUUCCAUCCUCUGUUCGUGUCUCUGGUUUCGACGUCCGGCUUUGGUAUCAAGGCCAACCUCAAGUCUGCCCCGUCUGCCGUUCCUACGGUCAUCGUGUUAAAGACUGUCCUUUCAACGGGCUGUGUCGUCGCUGCAGUCAGCCGGGGCACAUGGCUCGUGAGUGUUCCUUCCGCCGUACGUCCGUUGCUCCUACUGUUCCUGAUCCUGUUGCCGGCGUCGAUCCCGCCAUGUCCGAGGAUGAGGAUGAGGAUGACCCGGAUUAUGUUCUUUCCUCUGCCUCAGAGUCUGGUUCUUGCUCCGGGGAUGAGGAAGUCCUCCGUUCCGUUCCUACCUCUGUCCUGGCUGCGCGUGCCCGGAAGCGUCAUGCUCCGCCUGUGCUUCCUUCUGAUGAGUCUUCUGUCGACCUCCGAGACAACGAGCUGUCUCCUGUGUCUGAGUCCGCCUCCACCGUUCCCGGUACGCCUGAGUCUGCCUCUGCCGUGGUUGUUCCUGACCCUGAUCCCGUUGUUCCUGAUCCUGUUCCCGGUACGCCUGUGUCUGCCUCUGCCGUGGUUGUUCCUGCUCCUGAUCCCGUUGUUCCUGAUCCUGUUCCCGGUACGCCUGUGUCUGCCUCUGCCGUGGUUGUUCCUGAUCCUGUUUCCGUCCCUGCUGUAAAGUCUUCUGUCUCCAAACCUAGGAAGAAGAAGCCUCGACCUUCUCAACCUGCCGUGGCCUCUUCCCCUGCCAAGUCCACCUCCGUUCCUGCCAAGUCCACUCCUGUCGCGUCCGCCCCUGUCGCUGAGUCUCCUCCUACUUUCUGGAAGGCUACUCGUGAC